AUGGCACAGCCGGUUAAGAGGCAAGCAGCAGGACAAGCAGCAGGAAAUGAUGAGAUUAAGGAGGAACAGGUUUUGGGUUUAAUUGUGAAAAGUGAUUAUAGUGAUGAUAAUAAAUGCAAGGCAAACCUCAAACAAUAUUGUGAGGAAUUGAAGAAAAUAGAUGGAAAAUUGGAGAGUGUGGAUGUCAAAGUUAAGGGACUUUGUGAAAAUAUAGACAAAAAAUGUGGAGAUCUGAAAGAUAAAGUUAAAACUGAAUUGGAUGCUUUUAAAACAGAACUUGAAAAAGAAUUGAAUAACCUAACAGAUGAAAAAUGUAGAAAAUAUGAAGAAAAAUGUCUAUUAUUAGAAGAAGCAGAUCCAAGUAAUCUUGAAGAGAAGUGCGUUAAGUUGAGAGAUAGAUGUUAUGGACGGAGACGUCAAGGAGUGACAAAAGAAAUUCUUUUUAGAGCUCUUGAAGGGAAAGUUAAUGAUACAGAUGAAUGUAAAAAAAGAAUGAAAGAAAUUUGUCAAGGAUUAAGUGAAUAUAGUGAUGAAUUAAUAUUUUCAUGUUUUAAUUCAGAUAAGACGUGUAAUGGGCUUAAAGGGAGUCAUCAAGAUAGUUGUAAGUCUUUAGAAACGGAACUUAAAGAUAAUGAAUUAAUGGAAAAAUGCCAAGAAUAUCUUGAAAAGUGUUAUUUUUAUGGAUCAAGUUGUAAGGAUACAAAAUGUGAUAAAGUCAAGAAUAAAUGUAAGGGAAAAGGGAUUGAAUAUGAAGGACCAAAAUUAGAUUUUAGUCCGGUUAAAGAAAAACCAAGAUUUCCGGAAAAGAUUGAAGUGGAAAAUCUUUAUAAAAAAGAAGAAGCUAAGGGAAUUAUUGUUGGAAAACCAAAAUAUAAGACGUUGCGAGAUUUAGCAUUAUUGUUGAUCAAAGAAAGGAAUGGAAAAGAUGAGGGAGAAAAAUGCAAAAAAGCGUUAGAAGAUUGUGAAUCUUUUAAACACCUAGAUUAUGGAUUAGAAGAAUUAUGUGGAGAUAAAGAUAAAGAGGAUAGAUGCAAAGAAUUAGUAGAAGUAGAAGAUAGAUGUACGAAUUUUAAAUUAGAACUUUACCUGAAAGGAUUGUCUACGGAAUUUGAAAAAGAUAAAGAAUCAGAUUAUUUUUCAUGGGGACAGGUAUCAAAAUUGGUUAGUAGGGAAGAUUGUAUAAAGUUUGAAUCGGAAUGUUUCCAUUUAGAAGGUGUAUGUACGAAUAAAAUUGGAAAAGCAUGUGAAAAUGUAAGAGUAGCAUGCUAUAAAAAGGGACAAGAUAGGGUGUUGAAUAGAUACUUUCAAGAAGGAUUGAAAGGGCUUAUUGGUGAUUUAGAAUUGGUUACUGAGAAUCUUGAAAAAUGUCAAAAAUCGGUAGUAGGUAAUUAUACAAAACUUAAGGAGGAUAGAAGAUACUUUACAAAGUGUCAUCUACCAACUAAACUAUGUUAUGAACUUUUAGAUGAUGUAAUUCUUCAAUCGGAAGAAUUAGAAGUAGUUUUAAAUUUGAGAAGAGAUUUUCCAAGAAAGGAAGAUUGUGUAGAAUUGAAGAAGAAGUGCAAAGAUCUUGAAAGUGAUUCAUAUUUGAAUCAUGAGAAAUGUGAUACACUGAAUAGACGAUGUGAAUAUUUAAAAGUUACAGAAGAAUUGAGAAAAAGAUUAUUAAAAAGAGGAGAUGAUGCAUUAAGAACUCAAGGAAAUUGUACGGCAGUAUUAAAGAAAGAAUGUGAGGAAUUAUCUAGAAGAGGAAAAGAAGAUUUUAGUGUUUCAUGUGCUUUAC